AUGGCCGACAUCACCCGGGAGUAUGAGGAGCUCCAGGCAAAGCAAACCCGGCUUCAAACGCGCCAGGAGAUAAGGAUGCAUCUUAAACGAGUUCGUGGAGAGAUGCAGAAGAUCCGAGAAGACUAUAAAGUCGGGAAGAAGCAGUUAGUCAAUGGCAGAGUCAAGACAUUGAACUUUAAGCCCUGGCUAGAGUUUACGGGACGAGACGUUGAGUUCUACACUCUGGAGCAAAAUGGGGCGCCAGAUGUGGCCGACGCCGAGAAGAUUCGCUUCGCCCGCGACGCGGUCGGGCCCGAGGGAGCGCGCGCCAGCCCGAGGACGUGGGUAGGGACGGCGGCCAGAGGGGCGGCGGGCGACGGCGGCGACGGCGAGCCGUACAUACAGGUGCGACGCGGCGAGGAUUUCGCCGACUCGGCGGACGCCUCCUUCUUUGCAAAGGCCUUUCCGACCCUGUUCCCUUUGGGCGCCCAGGCGGAGCGGGUUGCAGAGGGCCUUAUGUCGACGCGGAACAUGAAGCUCCAGGCAUGGGCCGACGUCGUGCUGCGGCGUCACGGCGGCCGGUUCGCGACGCACCCUAUCUUCGCCUUCCUUGUCUUUAACAUGGGCGUGCGGUCUAAGAACCGCCAGGCCAGCAUGCUAGGCGUAGCGAGGAAGAACUUCGCAAGGGUCGAGGGCCUACUAAAGUCGUUAACGGCGCAGAGGCUCGAGGCGGCCAGGGGCCGAGCUCGAGGCCACAGGUACGGGGUGCCGGCUAUCUGGUUCACGCUGAACCCGAACGACAUUACGAACCUAGUAAAGUUACGGCUAGCGGCGCACCGCGGCCGCGACCCCGACGAGGCCGAGGCCUUCCUAAGUGACCUAGGGACCGCGUAUAAGCGGACGCGGCUGGCCAUAUCGGACCCGAUGAGCUCGGCCGUCUUCUUCCACCGGGAGAUGACGCUCUUCUUCGAGCACUACGUCAACGUCGGGGAGGAGUCGGUGUUCGGCCACGUCGGCGCAUACUACGGGGCGGUAGAGACCAACGAGCGAGGCGCCCUCCACAUCCACGGGCUCCUCUGGCUAAGGGGCAACGCGGGCAUUGGCGACGCGCUCGCCGGCCCGGACGCGGAGGAGCAGGCGGCGUACCGGGAGCGCAUCGUCCGCUACGUAGAUAGCGUCUUCUCUGAGGAGCUAGACGCAGAAGGUUACUGUGCCAUGCAGGCAGAGCGGUCGGCCACGGCGGACAUAUCGUCGCGGCUCGACGACGUCGCGCGCUUCACGGACACCUUCGACGAGGAGGCCAACUUCUGCGCGGGCGCGACGCAGAUCCAUACGCAUAGCGCGACCUGCGCGCCGUGGAGGUUGGUGGAGAGGACGGCGCUGACGGCGGACGGGGUGCUCGAGAUCCGGCGGACGCAUAGCAUGGUGAACCGGUGGAACAGGGCGAUGGCAGUGGGGCUACGACACAACCACGACAUCUCGUUCAUCGCGACGCAGCGCAAGACCAUGGCCCUAAUCUACUAUAUUACUAACUAUGCGACGAAGGUAGAGGACCCCGUGUGGAAGCGUGUGGCCGCCGCGGCCGAGUUCCUUCCUGUGCUAGAGCCGACGGGAGAGGGCAACAGAAGUGGCGCCGACCGCGACGCCGGCCGGGAGGGCGGGGCCGAAGGGGUCGAGGUGAUCGCGCACCUCCUAGGGUACCCGGCGGAGUUUAGCAGCGGCUCAGCGUGGGCGUAUAUAAACGCAAACCAGCUCUACUGGGCCGUCUUCCGCCGGUGGCGGCACCUCCGACGGGCGAGCGGCGCCGAGGCGACGGGCGACGCGCCGGACGAGACGGCGCUUAGGCGGCCGGGUUGCGGGGCGACUGUAUGCGUCGACGGAUACCUCAGCAAGGAGUUCAGCGAGGAAGACGACGAGUCGUGCCACCGGAGGGCGGCGGUGCAGCACCUGGCCCUAUUCGUGCCGUGGGAGUCCUUCCUCGGCGAGGAGGCAGGCGACAUUAACAACAUCUGGGCACGGGCGCGGGAGUCGCUGGCGCCGAGGGUCGCGCGGCUCGCAGACAACGUGCAGCUCCUCCGGCGGUCGGCGGAGGACGCGAAGCGCGACGCCAAGCAGUGGGCCGCCACGGCCGAGGAGGGCGGUAUGACGGCGCCGCAGGCCGACGACGAAGGCAGGGGGGCGGCCGAAGGGGGCGAGGCAUACCGCGCCGGCGGGGCGACGCGGCUCGGCUCAUCGACGUCGUCCGAACGCCGCCAGCGCGGGACAAGUCACGGCGCAGUCAACAGAGCUGCUAGCGAUGACGCAGCAGCUCUGCCGGUUCCAGCAGUCGGCGCUCGGGUCGGCGGCCGAGCUCGCGGCGACGGUGGUGGCGGACGAGAGGGCAGGCAGGCGGGUGAACCUACCGGGCUCGGCGCUGUCGGGGCGGCACUGCCGCGGCAAGAAGAGGUGCGGGCCAUCAAGUCGCAGCAGAGGAGCGCGGCGCGGGAGCGGGAGCGGGCGAUCCAGGGCAUCCAGGGCGGCGGGGCGGCGGCGGGCGUCGGGGCCGACCGCGGCGCGGCCCUUCGCGGGGUGAUGGGGGGCUUCGGCGAGGACGACAUCGACGUAACGGCGGCCGACGGCGACGCAGACGCAGGCACGGCGGCGGGGAUGCGCGAGCUGGCGGGCCAGCUCACGCUCAACGAGAAGCAGGCCAUCGCCCUCCUAAUCGUGUGCCGGCAACUCGACCGAAUCCGGCAGGGCGACGACGCAGGCGGCGACGGUGGUGGCCAGCUCUGCCUAUUCAUCGGCGGCGAGGGCGGCACCGGCAAGUCGCGCGUCAUCGAGGCGCUCGUCGAGCUGCUCGCCCGGAGGGACCUAUCGAGCCGGGUACUGGUUACGGCGACGUCGGGGACGGCGGCAGCGCGGAUCAACGGCAUCACGCUGCACUCGGCCUGCGGCCUUACGGGCGAGCGCUUCGUCGACGGCCGGUCGCGGAUGGACUGGCAGGAGAAGGAGGUGCUGGUGAUCGACGAGGUCAGCAUGCUCGGGGCGCGGACGCUGCACGCCGCCAACGAGCAGCUCUGCCGGCUGCGGGGGUUCCGGCCGGUGCAGGAACGGUCGAUCCUGCUGCCGAGCGCGGCGGUGGCGUGGGACGAGGACGGGGCGUUCGCGGCCGAGCAGCGGCGGCAGCACGACAAGGCGCACGCGCUGUGGCGGCGCUUCACGACGGUCGUCAUGCUAGACGAGCAGAUGCGGGCCGCCGGCGACCCGGAGCUGCGGCGGCUGCUCGGGCGGAUCCGCCGGGGCGAGCAGGACCGGUCGGACCUAGAGCUGCUCAACUCGAGAUGCUACCGGCCGGGCAGGCGGAUCCCGUGGGAGACGGGCCUGACGGUGGUGACGCCGCUCAACCGGAACCGCUGGAACCUCAACCUAGAGGCGGCGCUCGCGUUCCGGGAGAGGCGGCGGACGGCGGCGCGCGUCUUCCUCUCCGAGCAUAAGUGGAGGGACGGCGUGCCGACGGAAGAGGAGGCGGUGCUAAUGCUAGGCCAGGGCGACGACAGCGCGACCCCGGUGCCGGCCGUCUUCCUCUUCGUGCCAGGCAUGCCGGUCGUCGUGAACCAGAACACGCACCAGGGGCUGAAGCUUGAACGGGGCCGGCUCAUCAUGCACUUCGGGCGCCGGCGGGCAUCGUGCUGGCCUCGGAGACGACCAGGACUUCCACUUCGUCGGGAUGCCUGCCGGGACGAUCUUGCUAACGCCCAUCAGCGUCAAGAUCACAGCGCAGCGGAAGCGGCCAUGGCAGCGCAACGACGUCAGCCGGAGGGCCUGCCGUGCGCCGCGGCCUUCGCCUGCACCGACUAUAAGGUGCAGGGCGGGACGCCAGAGCGCGUGGCGCUGGAGCUGCGGGGGCGAGGAUGA